UCACGAGUAAAGGGAGGCCCGGCCCCUCGACUGUCCGCUGUAACAAGCACCCGGGACCUGGCUCCUAAUUUGAUGAUAUUUAGUUAAUGAUAAGACAUACAGACAUUUGGUUUAUGCCGAAGAUCACAUAAAGAAGCUCCCAAUAGUUGGCUUGGGUUUAAUAUGGUCGUCAUGGUGGACCUGUCGUUGAUGUUAUAAUGGUUUUACUGCGCCUCAACAACUGUGGGCUAUUAUUGGCUGAACAAAUGGACGGUGUUUGAGGCGGCCGGGGAGCAGGCGGUUCAAGAUGGUGGGUGGUGACUGGAUGAGGGCAUUGGUGAUGGUGAUGGUAUGGGCUUGGGAGUGGUGGUCUGGCCUCGUUUUCCACACAACUCUCGCCUCCGAUACCACUUCCUGGCUACUCUCCAAUGAUAACGGGUCGGUGGUGUUGGGCGGGACGGUUCCAGGCGGGGUGUACACAGAUCUCCUUAAGGCUAAUGUACUGAGCCAGGGAGACUUCUACUAUCGCUAUAAUGACAUCGACUACCGCUGGGUCUCCCAGCAGAAUUGGACCUACUCCACCGUCUUAACUGUUAAUGCCAACCUGUUGAGCCAUGAACGAGUGGCCCUCAUAUUUGAAGGUGUGGACACUGUGUCUGAGGUGUUGGUCAACGGCGCACUGGUCGGCACCUCCAACAACAUGUUUGUGAGAUACUUGUACAAUGUUAAAGAUCACCUUCAGGUGUCUGAGAGCAAUACACUGAAGGUGAAGUUUGAGUCGCCUGUGGAAUAUGCUGCACGUCAGUAUGCGACCCAGGCGGAAAACUAUGUGGUGCCACCCAAGUGUGUGGACCCCGCCUUUAAGGGUGUGUGUCAUGCCAACCACAUACGUAAGAUGCAGGCAUCCUUCAGCUGGGACUGGGGGCCAGCCUUCCCCAAUGCUGGCAUAUGGAAGGACUGGCGUUUGGUUGGGUGGGAUUCUCUGCUGGUGAGUGACAUCUUCUUCUCAGCUGUGCCCAUGACCCAGUUGCCUCAAGUGCCAGAUCAUGACCUCAAGCCAAGCUGGUCUGUCACUGUAAAGGUGUGGUGUGAUGCUGCUGUAAAGACUGGUGAUGCAGGAGGAAGCAUGACCCUCUCCCUGGGCAACAUAUACAGCAGGAAGCACAUUGUUUCUUACACAGUGGAAGAUUAUAAGGCCUUACUCACCUUUAACUUUACACUUGAGGAGGGUCAGGUAGAGAUGUGGUGGCCCAAUGGCUAUGGUGCUCAGCCACUAUAUCAGCUGACUGUCCUCUGGGCCAAUAAAAUUGAAUCUGAGACUUCCAGCAAGAGUGUUCGGGUUGGCUUCAGAACUGUUGAGCUAAAUCAGGACUUUGUUGAUCCUGACCAUGAAGAAAAAGGCCGGCACUACCGUGUGCGUGUGAACAAUGUGACCAUGUUCAUGAAGGGAAGUAACUGGAUACCAGCUCACGUGCUACCGGAAAAGGUGACGCCAGAAUAUACCCGCCACCUCCUAAAAACUGCCGCAGACACGUACCAGAACUGCAUACGUGUGUGGGGCGGCGGCAUCUAUGAAUCUGACGUAUUUUAUGAGGCUGCUGAUGAGUUGGGUAUUCUCAUCUGGCAAGAUUCUAUGUUUGCAUGCAGUAUGUAUCCCGUGAAUCAAGAUUUCCUGGACACAGUGACACAGGAGGUGGAGACACAGGUGCGUCGUCUGCAGCACCAUCCUAGCAUCCUCCUCUGGGCCGGUAACAAUGAGAAUGAGGCAGCACUUCGAGACAACUGGUAUGGCACUUCCUCCAGCUUUGAACAAUACCACGCGGAUUAUAUUCUGCUGUAUGUUGACACCGUGCGGAUCUUAACCCAGGAGUUAGAUGGUACUCGACCAUUUGUCGUUAGCUCCCCCAGCAAUGGCAAAGAAUCUGAGGAAGAGGAUUAUAUUGCUCAAAACCCAUACAGCACCUUGUAUGGAGAUGUUCAUUACUACAAUUACUUAAAUGAUGCCUGGAAUGGGGCAGGAAUACCACGUACUCGAUUCGCCUCCGAGUACGGCUUCCAGUCUUGGCCAUCGUUCAAGACCCUGAAGGAAGUGACAAUAGAGGAAGAUUGGAAUCGUGCGUCUGCCAUGAUGUACCACCGUCAACACCACCCUGGAGGUCAAGAGGAACUGGCGCUGCAGAUUGGUCUUCAUAUGCACAUGCCACCCCUGGAUGGAACUCUCAAGACCUUCCAAGAUUAUCUUUACCUUGGUCAGAUCCAUCAAGCUAUGGCAAUCAAGACACAGACUGAGUUUUAUCGUCGAGGAAUGAGUGAGCUGAAUGAUAAUGGAGAAGGCUACACCAGUGGGGCCCUUUAUUGGCAACUUAAUGAUAUCUGGCAAGGUGCAUCCUGGGCUUCGAUUGAAUAUGGAGGACGAUGGAAGAUGCUGCAUUACUACUCCAAGAAGUUCUUCUCCCCUGUCAUUGUCUCUCUCUAUCACGAAAAUGAUGAUUUGAAGGUUUAUGCUGUGAGUGAUCUGGUGGAUGACGUAUUAGACCUCACGCUUGUUGUUGACCUUCAUCGAUAUGAUCAAACAACACAAGUCAAAUCUUACAAAAAAAAUCUAACCAUGAAAGCAGCAGAAGCAAAGUUCGUGGCAACCUUGAAUAUGUGGAAAGAUUUGGACAUGAAUUCCCUAUGUCAACAAGGCCUAUAUGACGAGGAGGACGUCUGCUUUGUUGUGUCCCGUCUGAUUGCUGCCAAUGGCUCUCUUGUUGCACCUGAGAACUUCCUCCUCUUUGGGAAGCCUAAGGAUGCAUAUUUACCUCAUGCUACUGUAACAAUUUCCACCAUCUCCGGGCCCAUUGUAACACCUCAGAGCAACUGGACAUUCACAGUGAAGGUAAGAAGCGAGGCGGUGGCGUUAUUUGUGUGGCUGGAGGUGGAUGAACCUGGUGUUUUCUCUGACAACGGUUUCGUGAUGAUUGAUGAGGAGUCAGUCAUCAUGUUCUACUCUGCUGAAGAUACCACCGUGGACGCCCUUCAUAGCUCCAUCACUGUCAAGUCUCUCACAGACACUUACUCUGUGGAAACUAUAGCCAAGGCCGCAACCGAGAAUCUGAUGUUAUGUGCACUCCAUCCCAACGACAUUAGAAACUUGUUUGUGUGAAUAAGACAUUUAUUUACAGUAUAAAAGUAUAGAAAAUUA